GAGAGAGAGAGAGAGUAUCACGGGAUAUCCGAGCGCACCGGCGAUCUGACCGAGCAAGCAAAUCUGGCCUCAGACACGUUUUUAAUGUGAUGCGAGUGAUAUCACCCUUGAAGGAGCCGCGCACUGACCGGUGCCAUCGAAUGUACCGAGAGUCGCUUUGCGCCACGCAUCCCCUUCUUCUCAUCGCGCACCUGACCGAAGCAUGCCCGAGAAAAGAGACAGCGCUCAGCCCGUCCGGGAUUAUUCGUACAUCGCAUGAGGAGCAUCUCACCGCGCCGAUCCGUGCCGUAAUCAUUCAUCCUUGGGAGCGGGCGUGCAGGGCUGCUUGAGGAAGCAGGCGCGAUGGCCAAUGCCUCAACAGACCUGGACAAUGCUGAGGCCCAGAGACAGCUCAACAACAACAACAGGCCUGCAAGCACAGGAUUCUGGGAAACUGAGACCACCAGUGCCAAACUAUUUGAGUGCUCUCGUAUCAAAGCACUAGCAGAUGAGAGGGACGCAGUCCAGAAGAAGACCUUUACUAAGUGGGUGAACUCUCACUUGGCCCGUGUGUCCUGCCGCAUCUCUGACCUGUAUAAUGACCUGAGAGACGGAUACAUGCUCAUCAGACUGCUGGAGGUGCUGUCAGGAGAACUGCUGCCUCGGCCCACGAGAGGCAGGAUGAGGAUUCACUGUUUGGAGAAUGUGGAUAAGGCUCUUCAGUUCCUCAAAGAACAGAGGGUUCAUCUAGAAAAUGUUGGUUCUCACGAUAUAGUCGAUGGCAACCACCGCCUCACUCUCGGCCUCAUCUGGACCAUCAUCCUCCGCUUCCAGAUCCAGGUGAUUAAGAUUGAGACGGAGGACAACAGAGAGACACGCUCCGCUAAGGAUGCCCUUCUUCUGUGGUGUCAGAUGAAAACAGCAGGGUAUCCCGAGGUCAACAUCCACAACUUCACCACCUGCUGGAGGGACGGCCUGGCUUUCAACGCUCUCAUUCACAGGCACAGGCCUGAUUUAAUUGAAUUCCACAAGCUGACCAGAUCCAAUGCAACACACAACCUCCAGCAAGCCUUUAACAUAGCUGAGCAGAGUCUCGGACUCACCAAACUACUAGACCCUGAGGAUGUAAACACAGAAAAUCCAGACGAGAAGUCCAUCAUCACUUACGUAGUUUCCUACUAUCAUUAUUUCUCCAAAAUGAAGGCGCUUAUUGUAGAAGGGAAGAGAAUUGGAAAGGUGCUAGACAAUGCUAUAGAAGCUGAGAAGAUCAUUCACCGCUACGAGGCUUUAGCGUCCGAGCUGUUGGAGUGGAUCGAGAGAACCAUAAGCAUCAUCAGCAACCAGAAGUUUGCAAACUCGUUAUCGGGUGUUCAGCAACAGCUUCAAGCCUUUACCACCUACUGCACCAUUGAGAAGCCUAUCAAAUUCCAGGAGAAAGGGAACCUGGAGGUGCUGCUUUUCACCAUCCAAAGUAAGCUCAGAGCUAACAAUCAGAAGCCAUAUGUGCCUCAUGACGGGAAACUUAUCUCAGACAUCAAUAAGGCGUGGGAGAGACUAGAGAAGGCGGAGCACGAGAGGGGCGUGGCUCUUAGAAAAGAGCUGAUUCGUCAGGAAAAGCUAGAACUUCUAGCUCAACGAUUCGAUCAUAAGACCACUAUGAGGCAGGCUUGGCUGAAUGAGAACCAGCGUCUCGUCUCACAGGAUAACUUCGGCUAUGACCUGCCAGCGGUAGAAGCUGCCAUGAAGAAACACGAGGCGAUCGAAGCAGACAUCCUAUCGUACGAGGAACGCAUCACUGUCGUGAUGGAGCUGGCGAAUGAGAUGGAGUCAGAAGGGUACUAUGACAUCCGACGUAUCUUGGCACGCAAAGAAAACAUCCUCGGCCAGUGGAGCCUUCUCAAAGAGCUGGUGGUGGGACGUAAAGCCCGCCUGGAGAAGAACCUGGCCCUGCAGAAGACCUUCCAAGAGAUGGUCUACAUGAUCGACUGGAUGGAGGAGAUGCAGGUUAAGCUGCUUUCUAAGGACUAUGGAAAACAUCUCCUUGAAGUGGAGGACAUGCUCCAGAAACAGAGUUUACAGGAGGCUGACAUCUCUAUACAGGCAGACAGAGUUCAGACCCUCAACACUGCAGCUCUCAAAUUCACCACUAUCGAGGGUUACCAGCCGUGCGACCCUCAGGUAAUUUGUAACCGGGUCAAUCACGUCAACACCUGCCUGGAAGAAUUAAAGCAGCUUGCUGCAAAACGGCGCUUGGAGCUGGAGGAUUCGCUCGAGCUGUGGGCCUUCUUUCAGGAGGUAGAGGAAUCUGAGAAUUGGAUCCGAGAGAAGACGUCCAUCUUGGCCACGCAGAGCUGCGGGAAAGACCUGAGCAGCGUCCUGCGACUGCUGCAGAAGCACAAAACCGUGGCCGGGGAGCUGUUGGCGCGACGUGCGUUGCUUCAGCAGACCAUGAAGAAGGGCAAGCAGAUCCUCACCCAGAAGAGCUUCGGUACGGCCGGGAUACAAGAGCGGCUGAUGGAGGUCAAGGCCGAGUGGAAGAGGCUAGAGGACCAGGCCACGCAGAGGUUGUGUAACCUACAGGAGGCGCUGGACUUUUUUCAGUUCAGCACCGAGACGGACGAUCUUCUAGCUUGGCUGCAGGACGCUUACAGGCUCGUUUCUAGCGAGGACUUCGGACACGACGAGUACUCAACGCAGUCUCUCCUUAAAAAGCACAGAGGCGUCCGAGAGAGUAUCGACAAACACCGCGUGCAAGUGGUGGGCCUUCGGAAACACAUGGUCGCGCUUCCGAUGCAUUACCGGGAGCUGGAUGAGGUGCGAGCGCGCAUGGCGGAGACGGAGCAGCUCUACGCAGAGGUGGCAGAGGUGGCCGUGCUGCGACAGCAGUGGCUGCAUGACGCGCUGGCUGUGUAUCGCAUGUUUAGUGAAGUGAACGCCUGCGAGGUGUGGAUCGACGAAAAGGAGCAGUGGCUGAACAGGAUGGAGGUUCCCGAAAGGCUAGAGGACGUGGAGGUGAUCGCACACAGGUUUGAAAGUUUGGACCAGGAGAUGAACAGCCUGAUGGGAAGGAUACUAGAUGUUAAUCAGAUCGUCCAGCAGCUCUUAGACAGCGGUCACCCCAGUUCCACCGAAGUCAGGGGCUGUCAGGAUCACUUGAACAGCAGGUGGAACCGCAUCGUGGAGCUGGUCGAGCAGAAGAAAGAUCACCUGGACUCGAUCCUACGCAUCCAGAACUACUUACUGGAAUGCACAGAGAUCAAGUCCCAGAUCCAGGACAAGCGGAAAGCCAUAGACGCCACGCAGUAUGUGGGCAGCGACCUGGGCAGCGUGCUGGCUCUGCAGCGCCGCCUCUCCACCAUGGAGGGAGCUCUGACGGUUCUCGAGCCCAAGCUCCUCCACCUUCAGGAGGAAGCCGAGGAGCUCGCCACGUCCCAUCCGGAGAAGGCCGUAGACAUCCUGGUUCCUUUCGAGGGCAUCAGCGUGGAGUGGGAAGAGCUAAAGCGUACCUUGCAAGGCUGUGAAGAUUCUUUAACCGUCGCCGGACGCUUGCAACAGUUCAUCCAAGACUUGGAUUCCUUCCUCACGUGGCUGGUGCAAACCCAGACGGCUGCCGCUUCGGAUGAGCUUCCCAAUGCUUUAGAGGACGCCGAGCGGCUGAUAAACCAACACGCCGCGCUCAAGGAGGAGAUCGGAAGGUACGAAGAGGACUACGAGCGUCUCCAGGCUGUGAAUGAGCUCUUGGAGACGGAGGAAGCGCCGCUGCCUCAUGGAGCUCUGCAGCAGUGGCUGCACAAGCUGGACGUGGGCUGGAACAAACUCCUGGAGAUGUGGGAGAGCCGGAGAGAGGUGCUGGUGCAAGCUCACAUCUUCCAUCUCUUCCUGAGGGACGUCAAGCAGGCCGAGGCUUUCCUCAAUAACCAGGAGUCAGCGCUGGCCCAUGUGGAGCUUCCCACCACGGUGGAGACGGUGGAGGCAUCCAUCAAAAAGCACAAGGACUUCACCACCACCAUGGAGCUCAACCUGCACCGCAUUAAAGCUGUCAUAGAGGCGGGAGAGAGCCUCAUCAGUCAGAACAACAUCUAUUCAGAGCGCAUCAGAGAGAGAGUGGAUCUGCUCGCUAACAGAGGCAACAAGAACCGUGAACACGCUCAGCAGUGGCUUCACAAACUCAAUGACCAGUGGGAGCUUCAGAGGUUUCUACAGGACUGCCACGAGAUCGGAGACUGGGUGGCGGAGAAGAUGCUAAUGGCUCGCGACACGUCCCGCGACGAGACUCAGAAACUUCACAAGAAGUGGCUGAAGCACCAGACCUUCAUGGCGGAACUUGCUCAGAACAAGGAGUGGCUGGCCAAGAUGGAGAAAGAGGGCCAGCGGUUAAUGCAGGAGAAGCCGGAGCUGAGCGCGCUGGUGAAGAAGAAGCUGGAGGAGAUCCGUGAGUGCUGGCAGGAUCUGGAGAGCACCACGCAAGCCAAAGCCAGGCAGCUGUUUGAGGCCAACCGGGCCGACCUGCUGGUACAGAGCUACUCUAACCUGGACCAGCGACUCGAGCAGCUUGAGGGACAGCUGGCACACGUGGACUAUGGCCAGGACCUGACCACCGUCAACAAGCAGCUGAAGAAACUACAGACGAUGGAGUGUCAGAUGGAGGAGUGGUAUAAAGAGGUCGGGGAGCUGCAGGCACAGGCGGCCUCCAUCCCUCAGCAGGGGCAGGUGAUGGAAAAGGUGUGCGAGAGACAAACCGGGGUAGAAACGCGAAUCGUACGACUGAUUGAGCCUCUGAAAGAGAGACGUCGUAUCCUACUGGCCUCUAAAGAAGUGCACCAAGUGGGCCGUGACCUCGAGGACGAAAUUUUGUGGAUACAGGAGCGUCUUCCAAUGGCCACUUCUCAGGAACAUGGCACAAGUUUACAAGCCGUACAGCAACUCAUGAAGAAGAAUCAAACUCUGCAGAGAGAGCUUCAAGGUCAUCGUGGACGUGUGGAGGAUGUUCUGGAGAGGGCAGGUGUGAUCGCGUCCAUCCGCAGUCCGGAGGCAGACAGCAUCAGGGCCGGCAUGGAGCAGCUCCAUCAGCUGUGGGAGGUGCUGUGGACCGAGACAGAGCACCGGCAGCUCCGGCUGGAUGUCAUGUACCAGGCGCAGCAGUACUACUUUGAUGCGGGAGAGGUGGAGGCCUGGCUCAGCGAGCAGGAACUGCACAUGAUGAAUGAGGAGACGGGAAAGGAUGAGGCCAGUACUCUGCAGCUGCUGAAGAAACAGCUGGCUCUAGAGCAGACCAUAGAGGACUAUGCAGAGACCAUCGGGAUGCUUUCUCAGCAGUGCAGACAGCUGCUGGAGCUCGGACAUCCAGACUGUGAGCAGAUCAGUAAGCAUCAGUCUCAGAUCGACAGGCUGUACGUGUCUCUGAAGGACCUGGCGGAGGAGAGGAAGUCUCGUCUGGAGCAGCAGUACUGGCUCUAUCAGCUCAACAGGGAGGUGGAUGAACUUGAACAGUGGAUAGCAGAGAGGGAGGUCAUCGCCAGCUCCACUGAACUCGGACAGGACUUCGAGCACGUCACGAUUCUGCAGGAGAAAUUUACAGAGUUUGCAUCAGAGACUGGGAGCCUGGGGCAGGAGCGGGUCACAGCUGUCAACCAGAUGGUUGAUGAGCUCAUAGAUUACGGGCACGGGGAUGCAGCCACCAUCGCUGAAUGGAAGGAUGGCGUGAACGAGGCUUGGGCAGAUCUGCUGGAGCUGAUGGAGACGCGAGGACAGAUGCUUGCUGCUUCACACCAGUUACACAAGUUCUUCUCUGACUGCCGAGAGGUUUUAGCACAGAUCGACGAUAAGCAGCGGAGGUUACCUGAGGUGCGUGCAUGUCAAGGAGGCACUUCAAAUACCAGCACUCUGCAGAGACUUAUGCAGACUUUUGAACAUGAUAUUCAGCUACUUGUUACACAGGUGAACUGAUACAGCUUGCAGGAGAGUGCAGCCCAGCUUCGAACUGUUUAUGCCGGGGAGAAAGCAGAAGCCAUCGCCAUGCAAGAACAUGAAGUGAUGCAGACAUGGAAAGAGCUGCUCAUAUCCUGUGAGGACUGCCGAAUGCAAAUCACCACAGCGACAGACAAGUUACGAUUCUUCGGGAUGGUGCGUGAUCAGCUGAUGUGGAUGGACAGCAUCAUCUGUCAGAUAGGAACUGGGGAGAAACCAAGCUCUUUCCUCAGAGCUUUAAUGGGAUAUGGGGUCUCUGGUGCUUGCAGGGACGUGUCAUCUGUGGAGGUCCUGAUGAACUAUCACCAGAGCCUCAAGAGUGAAGUGGAGGCCAGAAACAAGAGUGUACUACAGUGUAUCGAGAUGGGCAAGACUUUACUCGCCGCCCGUAACCCUGCGUCAGAAGAGAUCAAAGAAAAGCUGGAGAAGGUUUUGGCCAAGCAGCAAGAGCUCACUGAGAAAUGGGACAAACACUGGGAAGAGUUGCAGCAGAUGUUGGAGGUGCAUCAGUUUGCUCAGGAAGCAGUGGUAGCGGAGGCCUGGCUCACUGCUCAGGAACCCUUUCUAAGUAGCAAUGAACUGGGCGGCAGUGUGGAUGAAGUUGAACAGCUGAUUCGCAGACAUGAAGCCUUUCGCAAAGCUGCGGCCACAUGGGAAGAACGCUUCAGCUCUUUACGUCGUCUUACCACAGUAGAGAAGAUAAAAGCAGAGCAGAGUAAGCUUCCUCCAACUCCCUUGUUAGGACGAAAAGUUUUCUUGGACCCUCAGGACUCUUCUCCUGCUCGUAGUAGCCCUUCCUCCAUAAUAAGACAAACCAUUUACGAGCAGGGUGAGCCCCGGGUGGAGCGCAUCACCCCUCAGCCCUCUCCCUCUUCUGUGGCCCGCAGACUGGGUUCUACUGUGGCCAACUACACUCCCAUCAUGAAUGGAGCUGCUACUUAUCGCCUUCAGGAAGCCAGGAAUGCUGGGAUUGUUGGAGUGGCUGCAGGACUGGGCACUGCUAUGGAGCACAAGGUCACCCAAUUGCGAACAGAAUUCAAGACUCAAGUUCCACAACAGAAGAUCGAACACAUCCAUGAGGCAGUCCACCCCCUGCUGGAGAGAGAGAGGGAACGGGAGCGGUACCAUGAGAACGUGAUGGCGGAGGUGGUGCUCCAGGAGCCGGGCGGAGGACGGGAGCGCCUGAACAGCAUGGUGGGAGGGAGCGGGAGCAGUCGCUCAGAGCUUCUUGUGGAGCAGCAUCCCCCACCGAGGGAGUCGCGGAUGGAGAGACAACUGUCUACCGAGCAGCUAAUUCAGGCACGCAGAGACGAGCUGCCUCAGGAGGUGUGGCGAGAACGAGCUGAGAGGGCAGAGAGGAGGCUGGAGAGACAGACAUCUAGUGAACAGGAAGGUCAUGAGGUGCGCCGUAGGGACAGACACCGGCCAGACAGACAGGACAGCAGCGAGCAUGAGGCCAGGGAGCAGUCAGAUAGACGAUCUGGUGGCGGGGAGAAAAGGUCGACACUAGCCGAGAUUGUUGAGCAGCUUCAGGAAAGAGAAGCAGCACAGGCCCGAGGAGAGAUUCCACGUCUACCCAAUGGUCUUCCUGAGAAAACUUCUAGACCGGACCGACCACGUGCUCGAGACAGACCCAAACCGAGAAGAAGACCACGACCCAAGGAGCCAACAGCUGGCGAAACGCGGCGCUCAAGGUCUGCGCCAGCCCAGAGCAGCCCACCAGUUCCCCAGCCGGCGACCCACACAGCCCAGCGUGAAGGGUUCCUCUUCCGCAAAAUAGACAUCGAAGGCCAAAAGAAGAGUUCAAACAGCAGAUCUUGGGUGAACUUGUACUGUGUGCUGAAUAAAGGUGAGCUGGGCUUCUAUAAGGAUGCGAAGAACACCUCCACACCUUACAACAACGAGCCGCUUAUCAACCUGAGCCGUUGUGCCUGUGAUAUCAACAAUGGUUACAAAAAGAAGAAGAAUGUCUUCACUCUCAAAACUAAGGAUGGAAGUGAGUUUCUGUUCCAUGCUAAAGAUGAGGACGAUCUGAAAAGCUGGAUCACAAGUAUAAACAGCAGUAUAAGUGAGCAUGAAGAGCUCACCAAACAGGGGCAGACCAAUCCAACUACCUCAUCUACUGACGAGGGAACGCGCAGGGAUGGCAGCAGGGCAGGCGGUUCGGAAAGAGGGGAAAAGUCAGACCGAGCCGAUGGGGGAUCUGUGCGCUCAGACAAGGGUGAAAAGCCUGAGAAAAAGACAGGCAAGAAGAAAUGAGGCACACGAUAGUAGUGAGACAGGAGCCAGGACUUCGGAAAUCCAGGAAAGUGCUCUGACGGGAUCAGGAAACGAAGGCGUCACUGUGAACUCCCUUUAUGUCUUGCUGUCCAGUUGAGUAUGGAAUCAGGCAACAUGGAGGAGCACGGAGCUCAUGUCAGUGAGCGCCCUCUAGUGGCUGCCGAGGACCAUGACAAUUCAGGAGCUCCAUAUGGGCCAAAGAGCUGAUAGCAUAGGCAAAUGGAGGAUAAACGAGAAAGAUGUUAUAGUAAAGUAGCUCAUGAAGAUUAUUUUCUAAUCCGUCUGUGAAAAAGAUGACCCAUAUGUAUGUGUACCCAGUCCCUCUCUUUGUAAAUUAUACGUCUCAACAUCAGUUCUAUACAAUCUCGCGCUGAAGAGAAUGGAAAUAUGCCAAAUUCUUUCUCAAGGUUGGUCUUUUUUCUGAAGAGCAUGUUUUGUCUGUUUAUUUUAUAAGUUGUUUUGCUCUUUUAUACUGUUCAAGUGUUGAUUUGUAUUCAUUGGCUCUUCCACACAGUUUUGAUUCUCGUCUCGCCACUUUGUAGACCACAUGUUUGAACGCCGUAUGACAUAUCAGAGCAUGCCUACGAGGUUUAACAUUCAACUGAAGAAACACAUGGUCUGUUUCAAAUAAAGGGAAGCAGCUCACCUGCUGUGAGUGUGUAUUCUCAGAUCCGAUUACUAGAGUUUGUUGGUUUAUGAAGUCUCAACCAUUAAUCUCAUAUUAUGCAUUAAAUGUAGACUUAAUUUGCUCUUUUAAUGUCAGAUUACCAAAUCAGUUGUGUGUAUGCGUCUUUGCAUGUACACAUCGUGUUCGUCAUUAAGCCAUUCUGAAUGCGAGAUCGGGUUUACAUCAUUUUAUUUAUACUCAAAAGUCUUCCAAGCACAGAACCGAUUGUUUUAUAAAAAUCCACACGUUUUUUUCCUUUUGUCACUUUCUCCCAGCAUUAUUUCCAAACAUUGCACUGAGGGCUGAAUGGAUGCGGGGCGUUUGAUUUAACUGGUGACGUUUGUAAGAUGGCUGCUGAAUGCCAUGUAGAUGUUAUGUGAUUGUCUCUCCUUAUUGGCAGAAACUGGGAUAAAUAUGUCCUUGAGUUGAGUAGUUCCGCAAGUAAUAGUUUAGAAAGCCCAUAGCUAGCAAAAACGCAAGGUAUAUUGCAAGAAAAGCGGUACAUGCUUUAGACAACUCUGCAAAUGUUGACACAAAUCCAAUUUGUUUGUUUUUUUGAGAUCCAUACGUAAACAUGCACACAAAUGAGCUGACCACAUUGUGACUACAUAACGAUUUUUCAUGCAGCAUACUGGGUUGAAAUUAAAUGUCAAAGUGUGUGUGUUAAACAGAAACGUAAUGGUUUCAGGUAUUAUAUUUGUGCCUCAUUGUCCUAAAGUUUGUCAACUGUAGUCCCUAACACACUGUCUUUGUCUAAUGUAAAAAAAAAGCUAAAUAAUGUUAGAAGCAAUGGUACUCUUUCUGUAAAGGGAAAUGUAAACCAAUCAUUGAGAGGGAGGAGAGGUUGUUCACGUAACAUUUUUUCAAUCAACAAAUAAGUCGUUUUCUCUUUGCAAGCUCAUGUUUGUUCCUUUAUCUGAACAGAGCAUCAUGCAAAUGCUUUUGUAACGUCCCUGCUUUUGAAUAUACAAUUGUCAGCUCUCAUUUCUCUAUACAAUCUUAAAGUAUUGUAUAUAUAUCGAAAGAGCUUUCUGUGUCUGGGUUUGAAUUUCUCUUCCUUUGAUGCCCUUGGUUUUGUCUCCAAGUCUACUUUUUGGUACAAAAAUAUCCUAUUUUUAUGCAAUAGAAUAACUUAUACAGGCAGAGGGUAUGCAGUAAAAGUAUCCAAUGUGGUGGCGAACGGAAAUAAUGUAUACACUUGCAAAUAGAAAAUUUAUGCAACUUUUCCUUUGCACUAAAUUACUGCCCCAUUGCACAGUGCUAUUGUGAGCGGAGGGAUUGGUGCUUGAGGGUCUGGGAUGAGUUGCUGUGUUUUGUGAUCAGCUCAGCCAGCGGUAUUAUAAAACAAUGCGUUCAUUUACCUAGUUAUUUUUUAAAAAUCACGAGCUUGUGAUCUCAUUCGUACAAAUUUAAUACCUGCUGCUUUCGUCUCAUGCAAGUCGAUGGACAUGAAGCUGUUGAGAUGUACAAGUUGCUGUGUGUAACCGGAAGCAUUUGGAAACAUUUAUAAAAUGUUAUUAAAUCCGAGAUGGAUCUGAUCCACAGAAAGCACAACCAAGACAAAAUAUACAUAUUGUUUUAUGGUCUACUUCAGUACCUACUCUAAUGUUUUUCGAAUUUCUUGUGAGGUCUAUAUUCUUAAAAGUUGUUUAAUUACUUUUAUAUAUACAGUAUCACACGUUAAGUGGGUGAUAUGACAGAUGAACCCUCAUAGUGAUAUUUUUAUCUUCUUUAAAUGUUUGGGUACGGCUGAAACCCACUUCUCACGUCAUAUCUAUUGUGUCAGACCCUUAAGCACCACUGGUUUUAGCUCAGCAGCUCGAUGACCUGUACAAAUUGUAAUUGCUUCUGUACAAACAAAAAUGCUCUUUUUUUCUGCUGUGAAAUAAGAACAUUUUAUGGGUUUUAAUAUCAGUUUCGAAUAUCCGCGAGGUUAUUUCUCCAAAGCUCAAAGGAAAGAAAUCGAAUGGAAACUGGGCAAUUCAGGUUGCAUGAAAAACAUUGUCCCUGUAAUGGUACUGCUGUGCAUGAAGAAACCACUCUCAUUCUCACUCACAGCCACUGUUCAAGGGUGACACUAAUACACAUGGAAACAGUGAAUGAAUGAAUGAAUGAAUGAAUGCUGUAUAAUUCAGAUCCUGACUGACUCUGUACAGUUAAUUCCUUGAUAAAUACAGCUUGUGAUAUGUCAAA